UCGUACCGUUGUGGGAUAUCCAUCGACGAUUAACUAAUAAAUGCCAGACAUUGACCCAGUAGAGAUAGGGUUUCUGUGGAUAACCGUGUUAUUAGUGUGAACGAAUUAUAGUGUGAAUUAUUUUUAUGCAAACAUAAAAUAGUUAAUUUCAACAGUCAAAAUGGGGCACAGGUUACUAAUACUAGCAGUCGUCGGUCUUGGUUCGUUGUAUGUUAUGCAUCUUCUGGCUCAAGAUUUUAUGAAACUGUCCAAACCACUAUUUAUGGCGUCCGGGAAGCGAGAGACGACCACAAUCAAUCGAACGAGCGUUUUGAACAACUUCGAACAGAAAAUAGACUGGAACAGUAUAUUGAAAAGAGACCCACUGAAGUGUUCAUUGUCUCUCAUUUGUCAGCUUGCGGCCGGAGCUGAACCAAAAAAUACCGCUGCCAACGCUAUUUAUGAAUUUAUUUUUUAUAGCAUAGAAAACAACAAAAACGUUCCCAAGAGGAUAGAGCAAUCGUUCUCACGUGGUCUUAGCUUCAACAAGUUCAACGGGACGGAUUCCAAGAAUUGUUUCGCUCACUAUCCCUUGUGUUUUUAUUCAGCCAACACCAUGAUGAAACUUCUAGAUUUGCAUGCAAAAAUAUUUGGAACAUAGACUUAACUUAAAUGCAGUCGUAGAUAAAAAGCACUACUGGGAUAUGUAGGACUAUCAUCGCAUUUAACAUACAAUCCCUGGCCAUAUUAUCAUACUUAAUCUAAGAAAUAGAAAUUUCACUUCAAUUUAGUCGUUUUAUUGUAAUAAAUUAUCAAUCGAACUCUUGUUUUCCUACUUAUGGAAAUAUUCUAUGUAGUUUUCAGAAUAAUCACCAUGUACAAAAAUAGAUGGCGACGGUAUAAAAUUCGAAAACGUUAAAUAAACAAAUGAAAAGCAAAGUGUAAUCGUAACUCCGUUUAAAUCCAUAUUACAUCGUAAUUAAACAAUAAGUAUGCUUCGAAAUCAUUCAAAGUAAAUUAUUUUUUCUGUUUUAACAUUUCAUUUAACAUUAACACUCUUCGACUUGCGACAAUAAUACAUUUUUUUCUACGAAUACACGACGUGGUAUGCAUCGAUGAUGAAACUGUUUGUUUUAUUUGGUUUAACUGAAAUCGUGUUUGUUUUAACAAACAGAGAACAGACGUCCAUCUUCAGCAUUCAACUUGUGUAAAAUCUCUAACGGUUUCGAAGGUAGUUGGGAUAUCCAAACCAGGUGCGCUACUGUCGUCAUGUUUUUUGUGGCUGAGUUCGACAGAAUAGACAGCGGUUAUUCCUCUACCCAGUCAAACUAGUCCGGAACGGGUUUGGACUUCCAGCAUGAAUUCCAGCUCAAAUGCCUCAACCGAUAGAGUCGGAAUCGGUUGUUUUCUUUGAGCAAGAUUCCAUUCUGAAUCCAUUCAGGAUUUCGAACCGGUUCCGGAAUGGAUUUGACGGAUAGUUGGGAUAGGUUGAUGUGGCGGCGCUAGUGUUUAUCGUAUAGUAAUUCAAAUGUUUACACACGUUUUUAAAAUAUCUUUGUUCGAUCAUGGAUGACUGUUCUGUGAGCUAAAGCUGUCGAAUAUUAAACGUGCAUUGUAGUUGAAUGGCGGUAAAGUACUUUUCAGCAGUAUAAUAAUAUGACAAGGGAGUGUAUAAGAUUAUGAGAAGCUAAACCGCGACUUUCAAAUUUAAUUACAAUCAUCACAUCUCAGAAAAAAAGUCAUCAAUACUAAGUUUACAAAACUAUUUGUGAAUGAAAUAAUCGGCUGGAGUAUAUGAAUGUUUUGUGCAUCUGGAAUAGUUGAAUAAUAAGUUAAAGUUAAACUAAGUUAGAUUUAUUAUAGGAAACAUAACAAUAAGACUUAAUGCGACCUUUUUAGAUCACAUUCUUAAUUUGAUUUUUUUGGAAAAAACUAUGAAUCAACAAAAAAUAGAACAUUACUU